AUAUAGCCAAUCAUAAUGUCACGUGCUUUUUACUUGUUCGAACAGACCAAGUAUAAAGUUGGCCACGAUGAUUAUAGCUGCAGUUCUACAUUCAUCUUUUCGCAUGUUGAAGUUCUGUCAGCAGUCUAUUUUAUCCCUUCUAUGAAACGUUUAACUGAAAAAGUAAUUAUUGAAUUUGUAAAAACGCAUCAAUAUAUUAAAAAUUUAGUGGGGGAUUUAUUUUUGAAAAUUUUCGUUAGAAUGGAGAGUUCUCAUAUUAUCGAAAGUGUGGAUUGUGAUAGUACGACAAAACCGAAAGAUAGGUUAGUUAAUUUAUUGGAUCAAAUAGAAUUACAUGUAGAACAACUUCGAAGAGAUGCCUGGAGACUUGAAGAAGAGAAGGAUACAUUAUUAAGUACUUUAGAUACCAUUAGAAACAACGAACUACUAGGUUCCUUGGAAGAACCAGCAGACAAAGAUGACGUAUUACGAUAUGCAGAAAGAUUGUCUAUGCGGUGUUUAACCGUAGAUGUUUUAGUAAAGAUACAACGUGAUAAUGUGCAGCAGGAAGCAUUACAUCAAGUAAAUGGUUUAAUAGAUAGUUUAAUUGUUAAUCUUCGUCAAGACCCUAGUGGAACUCGACAAAAAUGUGCUGCAUUUAUGAAUGCUUGUUCUUCUCAAGCGAUAGGUCAUUCGGACAAAAAUUUUGAAACUGCUAUUCUUGGAUGUACUUUAGAUGACCAAAAAAGAGUGAAGAAAAGAUUGCAAGGUUUAUUGGAUUAUAUUGAUAAAAUGCACACCAUUGAAUUUCAGUAAAAGAUCUAUGGUAUUAUGUAUAUUGCGAAUAUAUUGAUUUAUGCAUUUUCGUAAUAUGUGUUUUUAGUAAAGUUCUGAUAUUGCAUAAAAUGAAUAUUAAAGAAGAUGCUUAAGUAAUCAUUUACAAUACAUGUAAUAAAAAUAUAAUUUCUCUCUGCAUUUGCUAUGAGUACGCGAUGAACAUUUCAUGAGUUAAGCAUCUUUAUUUUUAAUUGUUAAGAGAAGGUGAACUUAUUACAUUAUGUACUAUAAAAAAACUGAUUUUACGCAGCCUACGUUACAAUGAAUAGAAUUGAUGGUGUAUAUAUUAAUGUAUGUGCACUAACUUUAAGAUUGAUAUCAACAAUUCCAUUCGGUGUACAAGAAUAUUAUUAACAUAUGUGAUAUGCAAAGAAUUUUAUAAAGAAAUAAUAGCACAGGCCGGAGCUUCCUUACCUGCAACAUAAAUUAUAAAAUUAUGAUUAUACAUCAUAAUUACACGUGUAAAAACUUACUUUAAAAGAAACAAUAUAAAUAUGAUAAAAUAAACACGCAAUAUAUUA